AUGCUUGGGCCGCUUUCGCCGAUGCCGACUUCUGUUCCUCUCAAUCUUUCAACCCCUAUUAGCGACCGUCGACAAGAAAUUUCCGACAUCAUGGAUAUGGAUCUAGAUGACGCUCCUUCGAGGAGAAACAAUACACAGCAAACUACCGCGGGCGACAACGCCGACAACAGCAAGAGCAGCGAAGCUGACAACACGACAUCGCCGCCCAUCAGUCGUGAUCCCUCGCCGCCGAAAUCUGCCCGCCCCAUGUCGCGCAUCAUCUCUGGCAACGAGCUCUCCCCUCUCAAGAUUCUCCAGCACCAGGCGCAACCGCAGCCAUUGCCGGAAAGCGCCGACUCCCCUCUAUCGCCCGUGGCAAAGAGUAUGGCCCCGCCCCCGCUUCCCCAAAGCGCCCGCAAAACACCCAUCAAGCGUUUCCCCGUCAAGGUCAACCCUUCAUUGCCUGGCAGCGAGACGACGCGCUCCUCGUCACGAGACUCGCAAGAUCGUCGGAUAAGCCUGCAGGACGUGAUACGUGAAAACGGAGGCAUCAAGCAAGCCAUCGACAUAUUCGAGGACGACGAUGUUGACAUGACCGGCAUCGAGGGAGACAGUGGUUCUAAGGACACACUGCUACAAAAUACGUCAGGCAAUAGCACGGGCAGCGAACAUGAACAGGCGACACGCGAAGAAUCCGUCUGCGAAGGGAACGAUACCAUUGUUAGCACAUUCAGCACAUUUUCGGCUGUCCCAGACCUCACCAAGUUUUCACACAUGCGAUCCGAGAGCGCAAGCAGGUUUCCGGUGCUUGGUGGAGGGGUAUCGCCUACAAAACAGACACCGCGCGUAAACGGCCUGGUGCCUAACAAUAAAACAACGACCGGGAAGAAGAGAGACUUCGACUCGGGCAACGCCUCAAACCUGCUAGACUUUACGGAUUCGUCACGAUAUGGAGGCUAUGGAGCACCACAGGCGUCGCCCACACGCCGUACCCAGUUCGCAUCGCCGCGGCCUGGUAGCACUGACCUUGCCACCACGACGCCCCACCGCCCGGGCAGCAAUCUUUCCAACAUUCUCGAUUUCGACAUCCCACCGAUGCCGACACCGCGUAGCGUCCCAACUAUUACCCCGCGCGAACUCGAAACCCUGAAAUCGGGCUUCCUUUCCGAGAUCAGCAGCCUCAAGGCCUCGCUGAGCGGCAAGGAAGCAGAAGUCACGUCGCUGAAAACCGCUGUGAGCGACGCCGAGAAGCGGGUCGGCGAGUGCAUGGAACGGCUUCACGAGGUGGAGAGCAUGCAUGAGUCACUAGAGGCCGAGAAAAAUACCUGGGAGCGACGGGGGCGAGAAAUGGAGGCCGUGUUGCGGCAGGUCAAGGAGGAGAUUGUGCUCGGUCGGCGCGAGAGGGAGGAGCUCGAGUUCAAGCUGGACGAGGCCGAGAAGCGUCGGGAGGCGGCCGAGAUGAUGGCCCAGGAUGCCGAGAGCAAGAUGGCUGGCAUGCGUGCUGAGGUGGAGAUGGCGGUGGAACGCGUGGCUCGUGAGCUUCAUGCGCUGUACAAGAGCAAGCAUGAAACCAAGGUGGCGGCGCUCAAGAAGAGUUACGAGAGUCGCUGGGAGAAGAAGGUGCGCGACUUGCAGACGCAGGUGGACGAGCUUAGCCGGGAGAACGAGGAGUUGCGAAAACAGAGGGACCAAGAUAAGACGGCGUUGGCGACUCUUAACCCGGCGCGGCUUACUGAGCUGGAGGAGGAGCGCAAGGCCGAUCGGGCGCGGAAUGCCGUGCAGAUCAGGGAGUUCGAGGCCGAGGUGGAGAAGCUCGUGGCUAUUCUCCAAACAGUCAAGGACGAUAACGAUGAACUCAGGGCACUCUUGGAACAGGAGAGAGUUGAAAAGGGAGAACUAGUUCGUCUCGCCGAGGAGAUGAUGAGCAUGCAACAAGAACCGCCCACGCCCGCGCCCGCACCUGCGCCUACCCACCUAUCGACCUCCAAUGGCCGGGGACGUGCCGACCGUAGGGGAAGCGAUGUCAGCGCCACUAGUAACGGCGACAGCGGUCAUCACGCGCCGCAGCCAGCGAGUAUGACCUCCAAGAUUGGAGCGAAGCCACGACUUGGUCUCGGAGGUGGGCCGGGAGCCGUACGUGCGCCCAUAAAGACACAGUCAGCAUCCGGAAUCGCUCCUCCGUCGGGUAUGGAGGGGGCCUUCCGGGCUGGUGGUGUCGGACGCCCAACUAGCAUGAGGGCGCCUGGAGGAAGUGGUCUCGGGCUGAAGGUCUCGGCGGGGACCAGAAUUGGGCUCGGUGGCGGCUCGGGUCAUGGAAGGGCUCAGAGCGCUACGACAUCAGGACCAAAUGGCGUGAGUGGGUUGCCGCGGCCGGGGUCGGGGAUGGGAUUGAGAGGUAGCGGGACCUUGGGUGGUGGUGGCUUCGGUGGUACGGGAGGUUAUCGGGGACACUGAGGAAGUGUGACCAAGCCUACUACAAGUACUACCCAAGCCAAGCCUGGUUGCCCUCUUGUUAUGAAGGUUUUGAAGCAGCAAGACAAAGGAGGUGGAAACGAGGGGAGCUAUGGUGACACAACCAAAACGACAGCGAAACGAACUGAUGCGAAAUGAGUGCGUUCCAUUUACCUUUUUGACUUUUCUACCUUAUAUCCACAUACACCCUUGUUUUGCCUUUUGUCUGGCUAGGUCAAGGGCGAGACUUGUGUCUUUAGGAUCUGUACAACAACACAGAUGGAGUAAUACAAUCAUGUUUCUGUUUGUUC